AUGGACGCGCCCGCAGUGGCCUCACCCAAGCGCGUCGCCGGCGCGAUCCUGUCUGCGAGUCCGUCGCAGCUGUGCUGGAACGUGUGGCCCAAGCCGUGCGACGCCCGGGCGUGCGUCAACUGCAUGGCGACGACGGUGCCCAGUCGCGACGGCUCAAUGUGUCUCCCGUGCGACAAUACGACGCUCGGUAUCCGCAACAACGACUGCCACUGCCGGCCCGGCAUGGUCCUCGUCGACCGCCACGCUAAUGCGACGCCACUCGCGGCCAAGACGUGUCUGCCGUGCACGAAUGGCAGCGUCGACGCCUCGGGCUACGUGUGCACGCCGUGUCCCGUCGACAUGCUUGCAACGAGCCAAGGCUGCGCCUGUCGCCCUGGCUUUGUCAACACGGGCAUCGCCGCGCUUGGCCCGCUGACGUGCGUCGACCAAGGCAACGUGUCGGCGAUCACGGCCAUGUACCCUCUCCAGUCGGCGACGUUGGUGUCGUUUCCAGACGCGUCGACGCCACGAACGUUUACAAGCGGUGCGAUCGUUGAACAGUCGUCUUCCUGCGCCUUUAACGCCGUCGUCGUAGCGAUCCUCGAGCACUAUUUUACGUCGGCGGCCAUCGGAUGCUACUACUACAGCAACGAAGACAACAAUGGCGCGUGCCAGACCCUCGGCAAUCUCUGCGUCCUCCAGAUGUUUGCGACGUCGAGCGCAGCGUGCAGUUUGCUGCGCCAGCUCGCGUCGUCGAGCCGCCUCACGACCUCGAACGGCAUCAGCGGCUGGAGUGCGACGCUGCCCUUCCUCCUCUACAAUGGCGGCGCGACCUCGAUUCUCACCCAGACCUCUCUGCAGCUCACGAUGUCGUUUUCGGCCGCGGCCAACCCGGCGACCAAUGACACGCUGCAGUUCAUGCUGGCGUCGUAUACGCUCAACGGAACGUACUUGGGUCUGCGCCCACUCUCGACGCAGUUGCUGCUGUGCGACCCGACGGCCCGCGGCAACUUCGGCUACGGCCUCGACUGGCUGCGCUUUGGCCUGAGCAAGACGUUUGCGUACAGCUGCGACUUGACGACUGCGUUCGCGUCACCGCCGAGCGUGCUUCUGUACGAGUUGUAUCUUGUGGACAAUGACAAUACAUUGCUGCCCGUGCCGAUUCGCGUGCUCAACUAUCGCGACGGGCGGAACGUGGCCGUCAAUUCCAACCGCGCGCCGACCGACGUCGAAGGCGACCAGCUUACACAUCGCUUUUACAUAUUGGACGCUGCGUCCGGCGUCGCGUCCGGCUACACGACACCGCGCGUCAUCUCGUACGCGUCACGCUUACACCUCUCGAUUCCAACCCAAGCGUCCAGCGUCAGCGCGCUCUACCCGCCCGUCUUGACCAUCGAGUACACCGCGAUCGAGUCGCCGCACGCAAUUGUAUCAAGUAUCUUUCAAGUCCAAUACUCCUCGAGCACCAAGGCGUUUUGGUCGGUCGCGCUCGCGCUCUUUGUGCUCGCGUGUGUCGUCUCAGGCUGCAGCGUGCUCUUGCAGUACUACACGUGGCAGCGGCGGCACACGCGGGGCAACGACCUCAGCGCGUCCACGUUCACCACCGUCCUGUUUUUAAGCCGCAGUUCGGCGUCGACGCUCUCGACGUGGAUGGUCGGGUACGUCGUCGUCGUCCGUGCGCGGAACUUAGUGCCACGAUGCAGCAUUUUGAGCGUCCUCACGGGCUACUACCUGAUCUUUUUCAAGCUCCAGUCGGCCGUCUAUACGCUGCUGCCGGAACACAACCCGUCGUAUGGCAUGUACAACGAGUACGCGCCGUUCCAGAUCGUCCUCGUCGGCGCUGCAAGUGCCAAGACCUUUGCGCUGCUCUGUACGGUCUACGACCAAGCGAGCAUCGAAAUGUUCUUUCUGGACUGGGAAGAGCCCCGCGGAACGCCCGAGAACCCAUCGCCUGUGAGCAUUUGGCGAACGAUCCUUGUCGCCAACGAGUGGAACGAGCUCCAGACCGCGCGCGGCUCGUCGUUGCCUCUAACGCUACUCGGUCUCUUGUGGCUGCUUCUCGGGUGCGAGUACGCCAACUUGGCAUCCCCGCAGCCGCUCGUCUACGGCAUGAGCUUUGGCGCUCCGAACGAAUACCUUCGCUUCGCCAACGUUGUCGCGUGGUGGGUCGUUCUCACCGCGUCGCAGUGGCUCUGGCGCUGGCUCAUUUAUGAGCGAUGGAUCGCGGAGCCGCGGCACCUGCUCUUCCUCGACCUCUGCACGUUGGCCAAAGUGAGCUGCGUGCUUUUGGACGAAGCGUACCACGGGUACUACCUCCAUUGCCGGUCGCCGUACGCAUUUGCCGACGGCUCGAUGCUCGACUUGACCGAGCAGCUCAAGCAAGAAGCAGCGGGUCUCACGGCGUCGCGCGGCCUCGACGGCGGCCCCGACGACUGCCAGUGUUUCGAGCUCUUCUUGACGAAAGCUUGGCGGAAGCGCUUCAUGAAGCUUUACGGCGCCGAAGAGGCCAAAGCACACACGCAGCCAACGCUCUUGCACGACGUCCUCGAGCGCCGACGUACGAACACGCUGCUGGCGCCCCCGCGCAAAGCGGCGCCGUCGCCGCACCUCGUCCGCGCCGGGCACAAGCUCAAUAAGUUUUGCGGACGUUUGUCGACAACAUGGACGAAAGCUACCGGUGGAAGAUGGUGUCGGGGCAGCCGUGCAUGGCGCGCUACUUUCGCCUCCCGCCCGACCUCAGCGCGGCCAAGGCGUCGCUCUUGGUACCUGAUGCCAGUGCGUCCAGUUUUACCGCGACGAUCUUUCUCGGCCUCGAGACGGAACUCAUGCUCUGGAACAUUCUCGUCUUUGCCACGUGCGACUUGUGGUGGGGCAACCACGCCGUCUCGGCGCUCUGGACCUAUGUCGCCGAGUUGGCACUGGUGCGGUUGCGCCAGCACUGGGGCACGCAGAACGUCGCCAAGCGAACGCUCGUUGACGCCCGCUUCUUGAUCUGACGUCGUGAUUUCUUAUCUCUUGAGUAGCCGAUAGAUAGCAACCGUGAUACCAACAAAGAAGCGUCGUACACAAAGGAACACGAUGGAGAUGACGGAC